GACUUGGGCUGCCCGGGAGCGCGGUGACUGUCCUUGAGCGCCGUGGGGCGAGCUCGCCGCCGGAGCGCCGGAGCAAGAGGAGGUGCAGGAGCGGCGGCGCCCGCGCAUCCGAGGGGGUCCGAGCCCUCGCUACCCGCCAGCCCGGCGCCACAAAGGGAGCGCCCCAGCCUCCCGGCACGCCGCCUCCCUCCCCAAUGUCCUCGGCCAUCGAGAGGAAGAGCCUGGACCCGUCCGAGGAACCCGUGGAUGAGGUGCUGCAGAUCCCCCCGUCGCUGCUGACAUGCGGUGGCUGCCAGCAGAACAUCGGGGACCGCUACUUCCUGAAGGCCAUCGACCAGUACUGGCACGAGGACUGCCUCAGCUGUGACCUGUGCGGGUGCCGGCUGGGCGAGGUGGGCCGCCGCCUCUACUACAAGCUGGGCCGGAAACUCUGCCGCCGUGACUAUCUCAGGCUGUUCGGCCAGGAUGGUCUGUGUGCGUCCUGCGACAAACGCAUCCGUGCCUACGAGAUGACGAUGAGGGUGAAAGACAAGGUGUAUCACCUAGAAUGUUUCAAGUGUGCCGCCUGCCAGAAGCACUUCUGUGUGGGUGACCGAUACCUCCUGGUCAACUCGGACAUCGUGUGCGAGCAGGACAUCUACGAGUGGACUAAAGCCAACGGCAUGAUGUAGGCUGCCGUGUGCAGGUGGACCGAGCUGGCUGCCAUGACCAAGGCCAGAACCCCUCCCUCUUCCUUCCCCAGCAUCCCAGAAGUACGGUCUCCACGGGGUCCUCACUCUGGGGAAGUUUGGGGACUUGUGUUUGCAGGGGGGCAGCGUGAGGCCUUUUGUAGGGGCUGGUGGGACUUGAUUGGGCCGUCAGGACAUGGCAUCUAAGUGGCAUGACACCAGGACUGAGACUUCAAUGUGACAGAGGAGAAGGCCUUGGGGAGGGUGUAUGGCCACAGCCUGAUCCCCAGUAACUGACAUGAGGAGUGCUUGGACAUUCUGCCACCUGCCAGGAUCUCCCACCACAGGGAUGGGCUUGUUUCAGCUUUGAGGCUUGCAGCCUUGAGAUGUGUAAUUGAUUUCCUUUCUUCCUGGGUGUGUAACAAGCCCAUUCCGGUCACUGGAAGGAGGGAGAGUGGCCAUCCUCUUUGGCUCAGCCACUUUGCCAAGGCCUGGAGCUCUGGGGCCCAAAGGAAUCUGCAUGGAGUCAUGUUUCAAUUGAGAAUGAAAACCACAAUUUGUAACCAAAUUAUUGGAAUCAAUGAAUUACUGUUUUUAGACACCUUCGCUUUGAGGUGAGGAGUUCCACAGAUUGUUUCUAUACAAAUGUAAAUCUUAAAAAAGUUGUUCAACUAUUUUAUUAUCUUAGAUUAUAUCAAAGUAUUUGUUGUGUGUAGUUUAAAAAAAAUCUGCAGACUUAAUAAAAAUGACGGACUAAAA